AUGAUUUUCGCCCUCGUCUUCGUCUGUACGCGUAUAUCGCAAAUCACCACCUUGAUCAUCAUGAUGGGAAUGCUCUCAUGGUUCGUCGACAAGUUCGUCAACGCAAACGUCCUCACCCCGACCUCCAUCCUCAUCCUCUUCAUCGUCUCCGUCCUUGCCCUCGCCUGGGCGCUCUUCACCCUCUUCAGCUACCACCGCUCCUCCGCCAACGCCUUCUUCGUCGCCCUCAUCGACAUCGCCAUCGUCGGCGCCCUCAUCGCCGGCAUCUACUACCUCCGCAACAUCCGCUUCGCCUCCUGCUCCGCCGACCCGGACCCCCGCAGCCUCUGGACCAACCAGCUCGGCGGCAACUUCCUCGCCCUCAGCUGGAGUCCGGAGAGCCCCUGCCACAUGCUCAAGGCCAUCUGGGCCUUUGCGAUCAUGAACACCGUCCUGUUCGCCUGGACCGCGUUCGCCGCGUUCAUGCACGGCGACCACUUCAGCGCCGCGGAUGAGCGCCGCGAGAGGAGGCGCCACCACUCGAGCCGCCACAGCCAGCGCCACCGCAGCCGCUCCCGCUCCAACGGCUCCCACUACAGCCAUCGCAGCCAUCACUCCCACCGGGUCUAUGUCUGA